AUGGAGAAGGAUCGGUUGUGUGCAAAUGGGAACCAGUGUCUACUCAGUGCGGAAGAAAAAGUCAUUCUGAAUCAGGGAGAGGAUUCGACACGGACCCAAUUGCUCACUGUGCCGAUGGAUGGUCUUACGGUGGAAACUGUUCGGGAGAGUCCAACCCCGAUGAACGGUCACAAAUCGCCUGUAUCCAUAUCCGGGAAAAAGAUCCUGAUUAGAGAUCGAUGGAACAAAAAGGCGGACUUUUUGCUCUCUGUGAUAGGUUUUGCGGUCGAUCUGGCCAAUGUGUGGCGCUUCCCUUAUUUGUGCUACAAGAAUGGUGGAGGCGCUUUUCUUGUGCCGUACACGUUGAUGCUGGUGUUCGGUGGAAUUCCUUUGUUCUACAUGGAGCUGGCACUGGGACAAUACAUCCGUAAAGGAGCAAUCACUUCGUGGGGGAAAAUUUGUCCACUUCUGAAAGGUGUUGGAUACAGCGUCGUCCUCGUCGCAUUCUACACUGAUUGGUUUUACAACAUGAUCAUUGCCUGGUCCUUGUACUAUUUGGGCAUCUCUUUCAAUUCACAACUGCCCUGGAUGAGUUGUGGAAACCAGUGGAACACGGUAAAUUGCACGGACAUCCAUUUGUCCGUAAACGCGACCAAAGUGAACAUGACCAAGUCUGACAAUCGCGUUCUGGGACGCACACCGGACACAAAUUUGGAAAAUCUUGGACAAAUCCAAUGGCCAGUGCUGGUCUGCUUCUGUGCAGUCAUGGUCAUUUGUUACUUCAGUUUGUGGAAAGGAAUUCACACGUCUGGAAAGGUUGUAUGGUUUACAGCGAUUUUCCCGUACGUUGUGCUGCUCAUCCUCCUGUGCCGUGGUUUGUCUCUGGACGGUGCCAUAGACGGAAUUCGUUACUAUAUCGUACCGAAUGCGGAAAAGCUGAAAACUGCAGAACCGUGGGUGGAUGCAGCGACUCAAGUGUUUUUCUCCCUGGGUCCCGGUUUCGGAGUGCUUAUGGCUUAUGCAUCGUAUAACGAAUUUCAUAACAACGUCAAGAUGAUGCUCCGUUUGCUGUUUCGUGAUUCACAGUUCGUACAUUCAGCUCAAUUUUUAAAUCAAACAGGACAAUCAUCUGUCUUCGGACCGAUAGUGCAACGGUGGAUGAUUCCUUCAAUUGUAGGAUCUGUUAUAAUGAUGCGCGAGAUGGAUUAUUGGCACUUGUACCCUCUUGUCUGUCAAUCAUGUCUUGAUAACUGGUGA